UCUGGCCCACCUGAGAUUCACUGACCUCAGGAUGAAGGUAGCUGCGGGCCCAGACCCUUCCCUGACCUACCGACCUGAUGCAGACCCAGAGACAGCCAAAGACAAGAGCAGCUUCCGAAACUACACGUCGGGCCCCCUCCUGGACCGCGUCUUCAACACCUACAAGCUCAUGCACUCACAGCAGACGGUGGACUUCGUCAGGAGGAAGCACGCCCAGUUCGGCAGCUUCUCCUAUAAGAAGAUGACCGUCCUGGAGGCUGUGGACGCACUGGACGCGCUGGUCGACGAGUCGGACCCCGACGUGGACUUCCCCAAUUCCUUCCACGCCUUUCAGACGGCAGAGGGCAUCCGCAGGGCGCACCCCGACAAGGACUGGUUCCAUCUUGUUGGGCUCCUGCAUGACCUCGGGAAGGUCUUGGCUCUGUGGGGGGAGCCCCAGUGGGCGGUCGUUGGAGACACCUUCCCCGUCGGCUGCCGACCCCAGGCCUCUGUGGUUUUCCGUGAUUCCACUUUCCAGGACAACCCUGACCUGCAGCAUCCCCAGUACAGCACAGAGCUGGGCAUGUACCAGCCACACUGCGGGUUGGAGAACGUCCUCAUGUCCUGGGGCCACGAUGAGUACAUGUACCAGAUGAUGAGGUUCAACAAGUUCUCCCUGCCCGAGGAGGCCUUCUACAUGAUCCGGUUUCACUCCUUCUACCCAUGGCACACCGGUGGCGACUACCGGCACCUGUGUAGCCAGCGGGACCUGGACAUGCUGCCCUGGGUGCAGGAGUUCAACAAGUUCGACCUGUACACGAAGUGCCCGGACCUGCCCGACGUGGACAAGCUGCGCCCGUACUACCAGGGGCUCAUUGACAAGUACUGCCCCGGCGUCCUGUGCUGGUGACCAGCCUGCCCCUCUGAGCCAGCCCACAGGCCCGGUGGGGUGUCCUGGGGAGCCCAGUGAGGCCCAGCACAGGGAGGAUCCACCUCGGCCUCCGGAGAGGCCCUGGACCCGCCCG